GCGGCCGCGGGGAAAGUUUACAGGACGUAGGCGGCGGCGGCGGCGGCGGCAGCCGUAGCGGUUACUAGUCGGCCCGCGGCGGACCAUGGCCCUGGCCGGGCGUCCCUGGCCUCUCCUCUCGGAGUACUCGGGCAGCGUCGGGGAGCGGGCAGACUUCCGGGAAGGAACUGAGAAGCGACUGAGCGGCGGUCGGCGCGCGUAGCGCCCCGAACAUGCGGCAGUACCUGUGGGCGACCCGGGGCUGCAGAGAGGAGGCGGAGGAGGCGGAGGCGGAGGCGACGGCGGCUGCUCCGGAGGGAAGGAGGCGGCGGCGCCGACGGAGGUGGCGGCGGGGAAUCCCGGCGCCGGGCGCGGAGCCUUAGGGAGGCUUCUUGGCGUGGCCUGAGGCCUUGUGGACAAGGAUGCUGUCCCGAAAGAAAACCAAAAAUGAAGUGUCCAAGCCGGCCGAGGUGCAGGGGAAGUACGUGAAGAAGGAGACGUCGCCUCUGCUGCGGAAUCUCAUGCCUUCAUUCAUCCGGCACGGUCCCACAAUUCCAAGACGAACUGAUAUCUGUCUUCCAGAUUCCAGCUCUAAUGCCUUUUCAGCUUCUGGAGAUGGAAUAGUUUCAAGAAACCAGAGUUUCCUUAGAACUCCAGUUCAAAGAACACCUCAUGAAAUAAUGAGAAGAGAAAGCAACAGAUUAUCUGCACCUUCUUAUCUUGCCAGGAGUCUAGCAGAUGUCCCUAGGGAAUAUGGCUCUUCUCAGUCAUUUUUAACAGAAGUUAAUUUUGCUGUUGAAAAUGGAGACUCUGGUUCCCGAUAUUAUUAUUCCGAUAAUUAUUUUGAUGGUCAGAGGAGGCGCCAGCUUGGAGAUCGCACACAUGAAGACUAUAGAUAUUAUGACUACAACCAUGAUCUCUUCCAAAGAGUGCCACAAAAUCAGGGGAGGCAUGCUUCAGGUAUUGGGAGAAUUGCUGCUACAUCUUUAGGAAAUUUAACAAACCAUGGUUCUGAAGAUUUACCCCUUCCUCCUGGCUGGUCUGUGGACUGGACAAUGAGAGGGAGGAAAUAUUAUAUAGAUCACAACACAAAUACAACUCAUUGGAGCCAUCCUCUUGAGCGAGAAGGACUUCCUCCAGGAUGGGAGCGAGUUGAGUCAUCAGAAUUUGGAACCUAUUAUGUAGAUCACACAAAUAAAAAGGCUCAAUAUAGGCAUCCCUGUGCUCCUAGCGUACCUCGAUAUGAUCAACCUCCUCCUGUUACAUACCAGCCACAGCAAACUGAAAGAAAUCAGUCCCUUCUGGUACCUGCAAAUCCGUAUCAUGCUGCAGAAAUUCCUGACUGGCUUCAGGUUUAUGCUCGAGCCCCUGUGAAAUAUGACCACAUUCUCAAGUGGGAACUCUUCCAGCUGGCUGACCUGGAUACAUACCAGGGAAUGCUGAAGUUGCUUUUCAUGAAAGAACUGGAACAGAUUGUUAAAAUGUAUGAAGCCUACAGACAGGCUCUUCUCACAGAGUUGGAAAAUCGCAAGCAGAGACAACAGUGGUAUGCCCAGCAACAUGGCAAGAAUUUUUAAGUUAAUUUUUAUAAAUAAAAUUUAAGGGCUUUAAAAUCUUUUCACAAAUGAAAAACUGCAAACAAGUACUUUGGUUAAAAAGGCAGCUUACUUUUUUGGACUUCAUAAAUCUAAUUUUACAUAUAUUUUGUUAUUAAAAAUAUUCUUUUAUUAAGAAAAAAGUGAGUUUAUCAUUUUAAGAGCCAACCUGGCAAACACUUCUAAAUGCUGUAUAUUUGGAAACUGCUUUGAAUAUUCUUGAUGGCAACAAAUGUAGCAAGAAAUGUCAUUUAACCAGAUAUUAAGUAGGAAAUUAUCAGUCAGUAAACUCUUAUAGUAGCAGUACCUUUCUUUAAAAAGCAGAGAGGGAGUUCCCAUUGUGGCGCAGGGGUUAACGAAUCUGAGUAGGAACCAUGAGGUUUUAGGUUCGAUCCCUGGCCUUGCUCAGUGGAUUAAGGAUCCGGUGUUGCCAUGAGCUGUGGUGUAGGUCGCAGACGCAGCUCGGAUCCCACGUUGCUGUGGCUGUGGUGUAGGCUAGUGGCUACAGCUCCAAUUAGACUCCUAGCCUGGGAAACUCCAUAUGCUGAGGGAGCGGCCCUAGAAAAGGCAGAGAAAGAAAAAAAAAGCAGAGAGAUAACCUAUGCAGUAUUUAAAAAAAGAUGUCUACUGCUUUCAUGUGGAAUAUUGUCUGGAAUUGGAUGGUUUAAAUAUUACCAUUGUAUAGUUCAAAACAUAAAAUGGGAUUUGGGUGAUAAAUUUUUGUAUAUAAUGAAGUUCCUCUGCCCCCAAAUGUAAAGAACCCUUUUAAAACAUGUUGAAAAAGUAUUUUUUGGUCUGAAGGGUGAAGGACCUGUAAUCUUUCAGGAAUUAAUUUAGGCAUAAGGCCCAAGCCUGUGUGGGAAGGUGUGUACAGCAGUCACAGUUCCUAAUAUAACUUCCUUACUUUGGGCCAGGGCUCUUAUGGCAUUUAGUAAUGUGAUUCUGAUGAGACAUUGGAGGGUUCCCAACAGCAUAGCACGUUGCCAUCCUGAUGGACUGGGUUGAGCUGCCAAAAAUGACAAUCAGGGAUUCAUUAAGAAAUCUUGGUCAUUAAAUUGAUUUACAGAUCUUUUAUCUUGUAAGAGUUUGUCACACAACUUUAAAACCCCAGUAUUUCCCCCUCAUUUUUUCCCUUUUGGUUUAGUAGUUAUUAAGACAUUGUUCAUAAUUAGCAUAGUACAUUUGAUUGCAGGCAAAUUUAUGGCACAUGUAGCCUAUAAAAUUCUGUGAAUUUCAACACUUGUUGAAAUAGCUCUAGUUAUAUUUACAUGUGUUGUAAAUAUGUAAAUAAAUUCUUCGUUUAGGUUACCUUCCAAAAUAUAAAGCACUCCCAGAUUUAGAUACCAGUAAGUUUGAAUUAUUGAUAAAAUGUUGAAAGUGUUAAAUGUUUGAUUUUAUAUAACAAGCUUAUUAAAUAUAUUUUUGUGGAAACUAAA